AUGAGAUAUUAUUCGCGGCAUGCAUAUUGGGAUAUGUUGCACAUGCUCACGGGUUUCAUGCAGGAGGACGAGGCGGUAUCGUCUGGGUCCAGUCGUAUACAGUUGGUCCCCAUUAGAGACCACCUGGUGCAGAUCCACCAUACUAUCACCGAUGAGUCAGCGGAGGUGGAUGUACAACGAUAUACGAGGCUGUUGUUGCUCCUUCUAUUUGGGGGGUUCUUGUUCCCGAACACUUCGGGGAACCUAGUGAGCCUCCGUUUUCUGCAUGAUAUUGCCCUGUUCGAGGAUACAACCAUCUAUAGUUGGGGUUGUGCUGUCAUCUCAUAUCUGUACAGGCAGAUGUGCCGGGCUUGCAUCGGCACACAGAGAGACGUUGGUGGUUUUCUGUCGCUUCUACAAGCGAUUGGAUUGCAUACCGUCUAUCAUAUGGGGCAGCAGAUGCAGAGUUAUGUCCACGAUCAUGUGGCCAUGCAGGUGUAUAGUCGUCGAUUCAUGGAUGUGGCUGCCCAGACACUGCAGUGA